UGCGUGUGCAGUGAUGGAGGAAAUGAAUGAAAGCUUGUCACUGUCGUGGAUGCACUCACUGUUGGAUUGGGAACUUCUCAAGUCUCUGUCGUCUAACUUUUAAUGAAUCAUGGCGUCUCCUUAUGAGCUCAGCAGGAUCAUGCGUCCUGAUGAUGCCAAUAUUGUUGGCAAUGUUCAUGGUGGGACUAUCCUGAAGAUGAUUGAGGAAGCGGGAUGCAUCAUUGGCACUCGCCACUGCAAUAGUCAAACCGGGGACCGCUGUGUAGCUGCUCUGGCCCGGGUGGAGCGCACAGACUUCCUGUACCCAAUGUUCAUCGGUGAAGUAGCCCAUGUCAGUGCUGAGAUUACCUACACCUCCAAAAACUCGGUGGAGGUGCAGGUCAAUGUUCUCUCAGAGAACAUAGUAACAGGUGGCAAAAAAUUGACCAACAAGGCAACACUGUGGUAUGUCCCACUGUCCCUUCAAAAUGUGGACAAAAUCAUUGAAGUUCCUCCUAUUGAGUAUUCCAGCCCAGAACAAGAGGAAGCAGGUAAAAAGAGAUACGAGGCUCAGAAAUUAGAGCGAACAGAGACCAAAGAGAGGAAUGGAGAGAUCAUCAUGUCUGUCUCUCUUCCAGGUAACAUUUUCACCUUUCCCUACACUGUUGCAUUUAGUCAGUCGAGUCUGAUCCACCUCGUCGGCCCAUCUGACUGCACUCUGCAUGGCUUUGUACAUGGAGAGCUGCAUUCAAGCCAAAGCAUGUCUGGUGUGACCAUGAAGCUGAUGGAUGAGGUGGCAGGGAUUGUUGCUGCUCGUCAUUGCAAGACCAACAUUGUGACCGCAUCAGUGGACGCCAUUAACUUCCAUCGCAAGAUCAAGAAAGGCUGUGUCAUUACUGUUUCCGGCCGAAUGACCUUCACCAGUAGUAAGUCAAUGGAGAUUGAGGUUUUCGUUGAUGCUGACCCACUGGUGGAGGCUGAGAAGGGAAAAUAUAGGGCUGUCACAGCCUUCUUCACCUACAUCUCCCUGGACAAAGAAAACAAGCCCCUUUCAGUGCCGCCACUGAAGCUGGAAGGCGAAGAGGAGCAGAAGCGGUUUGAAGAAGGGAAAGCACGCUACCUGCAGAACAAGGCAAAGAGACUCGCAGAUAAGGAGCGUCAACAAUGACUUUUACCUUGUAAACAUCAUAUUGUGUUCUUGAAUAAUAGAGCCUUAACGGACAGCCUACUGUAUUAAGAACCUCUGCUUUAUCCUACAUGUACUGUAGCUCACUGAAUAGAAAGAAAAAUAUAUAGAUUUAAUUGACUUAUCUGAGUUUACCAAAGCACUUUGUGUCUAUAUGUAUCUCAAGUGAAACAAAAAAGGAAAAUAUAUAUUUAUGUUUUAUUGUUACGACUUGUGCAGAACUGUAUUAUGCACUAAUAAAAGUAUGCUAAUGCAGCUACAA